UUAUAGCAACUGUUGGCUCGUGGUCGAAACUGUUACUCGAAAAUGUCUCGUGUGUCUACUCUUCUUCUCAUCCUUGCCGUUGCUCUCGUCUGCAUAAGCAGCGUCAAUUGCGCUGCACAAAGAUGCGGUCCAAACCAGGAAUUUAGACCAUGUGGAACGAAAUGUGAACAGAGGUGUGGACAGCCCCCGGUUUCGUGUCCAGCGGUAUGCGUGGAAGCCUGUAAUUGCAUCAAAGGAUACGUGAGAAAUGCCAAAAACCAGUGCGUCGAGCGUAGCAAAUGUUAGGAUUCGUGGAGGCAUAAGUGACAUCUGGAUGGCUAUGUGGGAAAGUGCUAACUCUCGAAAGGAAAAUGUCACGAAUGCACGCGUGAAUUCGGCUUCGUAUAUUUGCUUAUCUCAUUUCUUGUAUCCGUUGUGUCUGCGUUGGAAAAUUAUUCCGCGCAAAUAACGCGAAUAAAUGCAAAUUUAAAGCGACCGCUGUCGUAAAACG